AUGGCAUGUUUUGGAGGACCAGCUUAUCAUGAGAUUAUAAUUGAGAAGUAGCCUUUCUUACCAGUCACACUAAGUCUAGCCAAAACCAAUUUUCAAUUACUCGGCCAUGAUGGAAUUUUGUUUGGAGGAAUGGCUCCUCUGCCUGAUGAAGGUAACCUAUCAUAUCUUUAAGCAAGUUUAAUUGCCAUUAUCAUAUUUUUAUGUCAAUAUUUCUUACCUAAUGUAGAGGAAAAAAAGUAGGCACCUGCAGAAUAUGAAAAAGAAUAAGUCUAAAAGCAAUUCAAAUAAUAAGCUGAAAAGUUAAAGUAAGACUUGGCAACAGCUUAACCGCAUAAUUAACAGCAGCAUCAAAAGGUUUUGACCUCUUAAUUAAACCUAGGCUAGCCCACAGUAGCAUCUCUAGAUCUGCAAUCGUAGUUAACUAAUAACUCUUCGAUUCAUAGUAUGAUUGACCAAAUGAGUUCACUCUUUGAGCUGUUUGCCUAGUACUUUGAUCGCAGAUUCUUCGAGUUGCAGGAAUUUAUGUACCAUUUUAACAAAGCUGUUUUGACUACUAAUAAAAACUUUACUACAAUAUAAACUAGCAUACCCUAGUUAAAAAAUAGCAUAGGCAUUGACAUCCUGCAGCCAUUUAAACAAAGAAAAGAUGAGAAAAGACUUUCAGAUGAGCUAAGAGAGCAUAUAAAAUAAAUCUAUAACAUUAGAGAGGAUCUCAUGAGAUUUUCCUCAAACUCAUUAAGCUUAAAUACUGCCUAGACUUCAUCGCAAAAUGUAGUCAAUUCAAAUACUUCUUCGAAUAAUAGUUCAGGACUGAGCAGCAAUAAAUCAUCAGCAUAAUCAAAGAAAAGCCAGUCGUUUGUUUAGACACAGUCAACACAAAACCAAAAUAUCGCUGUAUCUACAUAAAAUAAUAGUCAGUAGAAAUCUAAUCUUGCGCAAGCUUAGUAAAAUAAUAAUAGUAGCAGCAAUGGGAAUAACUUUUCCAAUCUAGGAUCAUAAAAUACCACCACAUUAGCAUCAAACAGAUCUUAGUAGUAAUUAACAGAGCCUAAAUUAUAUGUCUAGCAUUUAAGUCCAACUUAGACCAAUUCGUAGUUUAAAAGCAAUUCAAAGGCUUUUCAGAGUAUUGAUAGCUAGGAUCCAAUGACGCAUUUUCUGCCUCUACAGUAACUUCCAACUCCCAUUCAGCAAUCAGAGCAUCCCAAUAUUAAAAAUAUACUCUAUCAUUAAUAAAAUCAAAACUAGUAAAAAGAAGAAAGUGAAGUGUAAGAUGACUCAGAUUAGGAACUCAAGAGAUAGAUUUUUACUGGAACACUAAUUAGUGUUAAUAACUAGAAAAUGAUAUAGAGACCUGGAACUACAAUGGCUACUACUUCAACUUAUGGAGAUGAAGAUUCAUAAGGCGAAACUGUUUUGAUCGGGGAUGAUGAUCCUUCUCUGCACCUUCAAACUGAAACCUACCAGAGGACAGGUAAUUCACUAGGAGGCAAGAAAAGCAAUACUAAAUCUGCAAGAUCUCCCCCUUAAAAAACAAUUGGAACUAAGAUUCAAUAGCAUAGCAAGCAUAAAGCGAACAAAAAGAGUCCUAUGGGAAGAGAUCCAAAAAAUCUCACACUAAAUCACAGUUCAAGAAUCACCAGUGAUUAAUUGAUAAAUAAUGACUCUGAGUGGAUAGGAGGAGAUGGAAGCGGUGCUGGCAACAGUCAACUUAGCAUGACUAUUAUAAAAAAUGACUAGCCUUCCAAAAGCCCUUUUAACUAUACUCAGAAAACAAGCAGUUCUUAAACGAGAUAUAAUGAAAUCUAAAACUAGAAAAAUGUUAACUAAAACAAAACUCCUUAGAAUCAAAGAACACAUAGUAAAACAUCAACAUCCAACAUCAAAAGUAAGACUAGUAGGUAGCAGCAAUCCUCCUCAAAUAACUAAAUUCAAAUUUAGACUAUAAAUAUUACCUAAGCUAAUGUCAGUAACACUAUCAAUACUCAAAAUAGCAAUACAAACACUUAAAAUAACCCAUAAAUCACUCAUAGCUCUUACAUUACAAACAAGGGAGGACAAAAUAAAUCUAAAUCUCCUGCUCCUAGUCUUUAGCAGCUGAAAGAGCAGAACUAUCCUUAAAAUUCCUCUUAACCUUAGCUGUAGAAUGUAUCAUCAAUGUCCAAGAACAUGAAUAUUCAGAAUUUUCAAAGCAGUAGAAAUAAUGCUAUUCCUUAACAGCACAAUUCCUUAACUGAGUAAUCCUAGAAACUUCAAAAUUUCCAAUCAGUUCAGGCUAGUAACUUUAACUCUGUAAAGCAAUAAUCAGCUAAAGUACAAACUAUACAGCCUCAAAUCAUUUAAAUAACUUAGCCGCCUCCCUCUUUUAUCACGAAUGAACUUUAAAAUCUUGAAAUAGGCUAAACACUAAUCGGUUCAUCUGGUGGAAGUAGCUCUAAAUAGCAUCUAGACAGUAUAUAACCAUAGAAAAAAAUCUAAUAAUAAACUUAUCAGUAACCUAAUGCUAACUAAGCCUCAGGAACAGUAAGCAAUUCAAGACAUUCCUUGAAGCCAGAUACAGUCUAGCAAUCACCAAUGCUUUCGCACAAAUCUUCUAUAAUCUCUGAGGAUGAAAAGAUUCUAGACAAGCAUAUUAGAAAUCUUGACACUUCAAGUAAAAACGUACCUGUUGCCAAUAUCCAAUAAAUACCUAAAACUUAAAUAUAACUUACAGGCAUUGAUGAAAGUCUAGUACAAUCACGUAUCUUUGAGUAGAAUUUAGAAAAGCUGACUAAACAGAUGGAGAUAAUUGGUGAAACAGGCGGCCAAUUUGAUGACUAGUUCAAUGCUCAUAGAUUGACAUUGCAAGGAGACAUGGUAUCUGCAUCUGCUGAUGAGCUACCAAGACUUUUAGAAAAUUACUAGAACAGUUUAAGAUAGAGUUUAAAUAAGAAUUAGAAAGGAACCGCUGUAGUGUCAUAAGAUAAUCCAAUGAGAUUUAGCGAUAUGAAGGAGAUCCAGUCUGUGAGAUCAUCUUAGCAAAAUCCCCAUUUGAAUCCUCACCAUCGUGAUAUCCCACAGAUAUCAAUAAUGGACGAAAAUCUCUUUAUGCAGAAUGCACAAUUUUUGGACAUUGAUCUCUCACAGUAUAAUUCUCCAAGUUUUGCAGCUGGGAAUCAUUUAGGAAGUAAUCAUCUACUAGCACUAGCCUAAAGAAACAGUCUAGGAAUAAAUCAUUAUAGCUCAGGCUAGCAGCGAAAUGCAAGUUCAUCAAGUGGAAGAGAUUCUGAUGCAUUACAACUUCCUGCGUACGAGCAAAAGAUAAUACUGCAUAACUCAGUCAUUAAGAAGACUUAGCGAACUGCUUUUCUCAAACUACCUGGCUAUGUUUUAGCUAUAAUAGGCGAUUACUUGAAUGAAAAACUACCACUGUUCAUCUUUACCAAUCGCAUCAGUUUCAAAAUCAGUCUAUAAUUCUAGAUAGAGCACUAUGAAUCACAAAGACAGAUUAUACUUGGCUAAGUCUACUAGAUUCAUAGAGAAUUGGAGCGCAUGCAAAACACCUCUAAGUUUGACUUGAGUUAAUAAAGCUAGGAAGAGUAUGAGUUACUAUCCUAAAAAGAUUGGGAUGAGCUUAUACUAGUGUGCAAGAGACAUGGAAUCAAGCAGGAGAAUGUGUUGAAGCAAAAGAACAUCAUCAUUCUAAGACUAUAUCUUACUUUCAUGGGACUAGAUUUGGCUGAGGAGCAAGAUGAUUAUUCGUUCUUAGAAUAGUGUUCAGAUUUCAUGAAGGACUGUGGUUCUUAGAUAGCAGAGGUAAUGGACCCAGAGAAGUCGUUUUUAAUCUCAGAGGAGAACAAAAAGCGCAUCAAAGAGUUACUUGUCAACUUGCAAAAGGAAAAGUUAAUCGAGGAUGAAACAAAGAGUGACGGAGAUAUGAGUUUGAGUCAGGAUAACUUGGAGUCAAGAGCGCAGCAUAUACUCGAAACUUUUACUAAUUUACUAUUCGAAGCACUCUAGUUUGUCAAUAUAAUACCGAAUGUACUGGUUCAAGACAUGAAAUAGGAAAUGGAUGAGCUUAGGAAAGUAGCAGAAGCCUUUAAUGGCAUUAAGAACAACCUAAUUGACUUUAAAAAUUUAGUUGCUUGA